CUCUCCUCUCUAUAUAUUUCCACUCUCUUCAGACAACCAAAUCAGUAACUAGGCUCUGAUUUCCAGGUGCAGGUUCGCUCGAGAAAGUUUCCGCUCGGGCAACAAUGGCGGUCUCGAGAAUCCUGUACCUCGCGGCCGUGGCGGCGCUCUCCUUCGGCUUAUCAGUGGCGCAGUCUCCACCGCCUGCUCCAUCGCCAUCUCCGAUGACCUCGCCUACGCUGGAAGCAUCAGCAUUCCCACCGAUUCUCCCCCCACAGGUCGCAUCGCUGACCCCGCCAUCGCCGCCAGCGGCGGCGAGUGCCCCGUCCCCUUCGACAUCCACCUCGCCGCCGUCCCCUCCUGCAUCGACAUCAAACUCACUGCCUCCGUUGGCCAACUCGUCACCGCCAGUCGAAGGUCCGGUGGCACCCAACAGUGGCGCUGCGAUGAAUAAGUUUGCUCUCUCGGGGGUUUUGGCCGCUGGGUUCGCCGCCGCAUUGGCCAUGUAACGAGUGGAGAGGAGCAUUAUUUUAAGCCAAUCUUUUAGGCCGACGUAUCCAUCUGGUUUUCUCGAUCACCCUUCAGGUUAACGUGCGUGUCUCGUUUAUGAUCUAUAUGUUUCCGGUUACAAUAAACUUAAUGAAAUAUUUGAGAGUA